AUGAGGACGAUCUCUGUUAGAGAUCCAUUGGGAAUAUCUUGGUCCACUGAUUUUAUCAAGGAGGACCCUGAACUAAAUUUGGAAAUGAAUGUAACAGAGAAUAUUGUGGAAACCUCAACAAGAUACCCAUCUGACAGUGCAAGAUUGACUCAGAGUACUGGUGGGAGGUGUGGCAUAUGUGAAGAAACGUGUCACCAUCGACUGGUCCAGGAUGAAUUUGUGAUUGAUAUGGAGAAGUCAACACACGAGUUUGGUACGCAUACAGGAGAUGUGACUGUUGAUAAAGAAUGCUCAGUUGCUACCCAAUAUGACUGUAGUGCGAGGGAAAAGGAAUUACAUGUAUAUAGCUGUAAUUUCUGCCAACAGGGCUUUCCUUCAAAAUACAGACUCAUAAAGCAUGUGUUUAUGCACACUGAUGGCAUGCAACCACCUUUGUAUGUUUGUAAGUGGUGUUGUGAGAUAUUUGACAGUAAAUUUAGUUUGAAAAAACAUCUGAGAAUGAGUGAGAAUUAUCACGUCUUAACUGCUGGCAUCCAUGAAAAAUAUGGCUAUAGUGAUGAGCAUCAAAGCAGUAUCCUUUUGGAUAGUUUGCCAGAAGUUUCUGUUACAGAACGCAAUGUGAGGUCUUCAUACAAGGAAACUUGGAAACCUUCAAAGAAGUCCUCUAAUGACAUGUGUAACACACCUAUGGGAAAUGAUGCUGACAAAAUAAGUGACUAUGGAACUUCGUCUACAGCUGUUAAUGUCAGGGCCCAGGGUGAUCUACUUACUGCAAACAGUACAGACAAAUGUGGUAUUUGUGGCAGAUUGUCUGGUAGGUCAGGUCAUCCCAAGAGAGAGAAAUUACUUGACACUGGAAAGAAACCCCACAAAUGUGAGAUUCGUGGGGAAUCGUUUUCUCAGUCAGGUCAUCUCAAGACAGAGGAAUUAAUUCGCACUGGAAAGAAACCUCACAAGUGUAAGAUUUGUGGGAGAUGUUUUGCUAGGUCGAGCAAUCUCAAGAGACACGAAUUAAUUCACACUGGAAACAAACCUCACAAAUGUGUGAUUUGUGACAAAUCGUUUGCCCAGUCAGGGAGUCUCAAGAUUCACAACUUAAUUCACACUGGAAAGAAACCUCACAAAUGUGAGAUUUGUGGGAACUCUUUUGCUAGGGCAGUUUAUCUCGAGACUCACAUUUUAAUUCACUCUGGGAAGAAACCUCACAAAUGUAAGAGUUGUGGGAGAUGUUUUGCUAGGUCCAGCAAUCUCAAGAGACACGAAUUAAUUCACACUGGAAACAAACCUCACAAAUGUGAGAUUUGUGGCAAAUCUUUUGCUAGGUCAGGCUAUCUCAAGAAACACAUUAAAUCACACUGGAAAGAAACCUGGCAAAUGUGUGAUUUGUGAGAAAUCGUUUGC